AUGGGGAUCUGGGAGCGGCUAAUUCACGACUUGCAUCCAACAAACCUACGUCCAAUUUUCUACCUGAUCACGCCAAAUGAGACGUUGCACUACAAAACGAUGGAAGAAGUGCCGCAUUUUCUCGAUAAUGCAAACCUGUGGAUGCUACUUCUCGUCGUCAUCGAGUUCUACUUCCUCGACGAGCGAAAAUACGCCUUCAACGACACGAUAACUUCUAUUAAUGCGGGAAUACUGUCGUUUGUCAUGAAAUACGGUGGCCGUUACAUGUCUGCUGCUCUCUACCCCUGGUGCUUUUCGCAUUUCCGGAUUAUCGACCUGGACCCCCACGCCACGUCCACCUGGAUUCUAUGCUUCUUCACACAAGAUUUGGCAUAUUACUUGGCGCAUAGGGCGAUUCAUGAAUUUGGCGUCUUCUGGUCGUAUCACCAGAUGCACCACUCCUCCGAAUACUACAACUUGUCGACGGCGCUGAGGCAGGGCAUGUGGCAGGAUUUCGGCACCUUUGGCUUCGACCUCCUUCAAACCUUCUUCAUCCCGCCGAACAUCUUCAUCAUCCACCGAUAUCUGAAUGUGGCAUACCAAUUCUGGCUUCAUACGGAGACAAUCCCCAAACUCGGGCCGCUCGAGUGGGUGUUGAACACGCCGUCCGCCCAUCGUGUUCAUCACGGAAGGAAUCCGUACUGUAUUGACAGAAACUACGGAGCCACGCUAAUCAUUUGGGACCGUAUGUUCGGUACCUACGCUGAGGAAAAGACGGAGGAGGAGAUCGCCUACGGCCUUGUCACCAACGUCAACACGUUCGAUCAGUUGUACUGCCAGACCUUCGAAUUCAAGGAGAUCGGCUACGACAAGGGCCAGAUGAAAGAUGAAAAUGGGAAGGAGCUGUUCCCAGGGCUCUGGAAUAAGCUAAAAGUCGUCUUCCAACCCCCAGGCUAUUUCCCGGGCGUCCAGACAAAGUGGUUCUUCUUCUGGAAGUGCAACGUCGACAAUGAGGAGGGAAUUCCGGAGAUCAAAUGCCGACCCCCGGCCUAUAAUCCGACCUUGUCGACGCCGUUGAAGGUUUACUUGGCCUUCCAGUUCAUCGCAUUGGUCGUGGAAGCAAUCCAAUUCAACGACGUUCGUCUCUCUAUGCCGUGGACACCUUUCGCUAUGCAUAUGGCUUAUCUUCUCGCUUCCGCCCAGGCUUUUGGAUAUUACUUUGAUCAUCGACCGUUCUGCAUCCUGUUCGACUGCGCUCGACUGCUCGCCAUUGCCUAUUACGGGUUUCUAAUGCAGAUUACACCCCUGUUCAUCUACGCGGCCGUGUCUGCAGCUGCCGUCAUUGGCCUCGGUUUUGCCGGCCAACUGCCAGUUCAUGUUAUGGCUAAGAAAGUGGAU